UCGAGAGCAUAGAGGAGAAGAAAGAGAAAUGAAAACCAGAACACAGCUAUGAGUGUUUGACACACAAAUCUCCAACAGGUCCAGCCAUUUUGCAGGGGGAAAAAGCUGACAAAUGGACAGGGGGGAAAGAAUUCACCUACUAAAAAGUAAACGGAUAAACCUAUUUUUUUUACUGUAGCGCUCCAGCAGGAGAUGGUAUAGCCCCCCCUGCUGAAUCCCAGACGUGUGGAGGAGAAGUGAAAGGGAGCGAAAGAAGAUAGCAGGGGAGGAACUGUUCGUGUUACCGAGGGAGGAGUUGUCUUUCUCGCGUAGUGUCACCAGUGAGGAGGAGGCAGAAGUGAGUGCUUGUGGUCUCCUGAGAGAGAGAGAGAGAGAGAGAGAGAGAGAACAAGGAAGGGGCUGCUAGUGUGACAGGAAGAGUAGGGCAGGCAAUGUGCCGCUGGCUGGAGUAUGCUACAGACCAUUUACGAGGGUGAUUCCUACUUCUCCAGCGACAGCUUUGGCAAACUCCGGCUGCUUCGGGAAUCCCACGACAGUGACAUGCACAACGUUAACAACUCAGUGGACGUUAAGCCUGAAGUACCAUUGGCUCUGGAGCCUGCAUCGCCACUAGAUCUGCGGACAGACGUGAGAAUGCCGGCCCUGGGCUCGAACCCCACAUUAUGGGAUCGGCAGCUGCAACAGGAGUUGCUCCUCAUCCAAAAGCAGCAGCAGAUCCAAAAACAGCUCCUUAUAAACGAGUUCCAGAAGCAGCAUGAGAACCUGAUUCGCCAGCACCAGGUCCAGCUGCAAGAGCACCUGAAGUUGCAGCAGGAGCUGCAAGUAAUGAAGCAGCAGCAGGAGCAGCUGGAGAAGGAAAGAAAGUUGGAGCAGCAAAACCAGGAAAGGGAACUGGAGAGACAUCGGCGCCAGCAGCAGGCCCUUAUCCUCAGGAGCAAAGAGAGGGCACGAGAGAGUGCAGUGGCAAGCACAGAAGUUAAGCAGAAACUUCAGGAGUUUUUGUUAAGUAAAUCCACAAAGGACCCAGCAUCCAAUGGAUCCUGCCAUGCAUUCACACAGAACUCCAAACUGUGGUUUACAGCCUCCCAUCACACCUCCCUGGAGCAGAGUUCACCUCCUCUGGGAGGCGUGUCACCGUCAUGCAAGUUCCCUUUGCUCUCCCUACCAGACUGCAGGGAUGAUUUUCCUCUGAGGAAGACUGCCUCAGAGCCAAAUCUGAAGGUGCGCUCUAGGUUGAAGCAGAAGGUUGCAGAGAGGAGGAGCAGCCCGCUUCUGAGGAGAAAAGAAGGAACCGUCAUGACACCCUUCAAAAAACGAGCCUUAGAACUAAUGGAGUCGGCAGCCAGUAGCAGCUCCACUGGUUCAGGUCCCAGCUCUCCAAACAGAGCCUCAAGUUUUCCAGGGACUGAAAAUGGACCAUCACCUCUACCAUCCACCAUUCACGCUGAGCGUUGGCCCUCACAGCCGAAGCUGCUUGGCUCUGAAGGUUCAGUGUCAGUGUUGAGUCUCUACACAUCACCAUCUCUGCCUAACAUCACGCUGGGCCUCUCGGCUGCCUCCUCCCCCAUUAAUGCUGUCGAGAGCAGUGGAGUGCUGCCUGUCAGGCAGGGUUUGCCCGCUCAGCUCCUGGGCCCUGUGCCUCUACCAGUUAGCAUGGAGAGUAAAGUGAGCAGCAGCCAGCAAGCACUUCUACAGCACCUACUGCAAAAGGAGCAGCUUCGCCAACAGAAGAUCUUCUCCACUGGCCAGAGCGCAGGAUCUGUGCACCCUCCCUCUCCUCUGGCCAUGACGGAGCGUUCCUCAGGUGGUGUGCGGCCCAAAUUGCCACGUCACCGGCCCCUCAACCGUACCCAGUCGGCACCACUGCCCCAGAGCAUACUAGCCCAGCUCGUCAUCCAGCAGCAACACCAACACUUCCUUGAGAAGCAGAAACAGUAUCAGCAACAGGUCCACAUCAAUAAGCUGUUUUCCAAGCCCAUCGAACAGCUGAGGCAGCCGAACGGGCACCUGCACGAGUCAGAGGAGGAAGAGGAUGCGCACAAUCACGCCAUGCAAGAGGACAGCUCGCCCUCUUCUGGAGUCAUCCGCAAGUGCAGCCCCAGCCGCAGGAGCAGCAACAGCAGCAUCCACAGUCCCAUUUUGCUCGGUGAAGAAAUGGAUGCUAACGCAAGGGUUAUCAGAAUCAAACAGGAGCCAGCUGACAGUGAUGAUGAAACACAUGCCAAAGAGAGUCUUGCAGAGAAGAAGAGUGCUUACCUUCACCAGGUUGAAGGAAGGCUAGUGAUACAGGCUAUGAACUGAUCUCAGGCAUGAGCACAUAUACGUACACACACAUACUCAUAACUCAUGCCAGGUUAUGCCACCGUAAGCCCUUCUGGACUGUAGACAUUUGUGACCUUGUGAUGUAAUCUCUGUAUUGUAUGCUGUAAUGAUCUGUAUAUAAUUGGAAUAAGGAGGAAAAAACCUAGACUGGUAUAUCUUUUCAAAGCUGAAAAAGCAUCUCUGUUUGUAAGAAGACUUUUGGAUUGUAAUUACUUGCCCUUUCUACUUUCGAUCCACCCACUGGAACAGAGCAGCACUAGAGCUCAUGUAGAAUAAUCACUGACUUUUAUUUCCCUGACAAAUCGCAUAGCUUUCAUUUCGAAUGAUCUUCCUCAUUUAUUGUUUCCAGUGUAAACGGCAACAGGAGCACAACUAUAGCAUCAGUACCCUCCCUGUUACUGUGUAAUAGAGCUUUUAGAAGAGCCUGCUGUGUCCUGGGUUCUCCCAGGGGUCUGUAUCAAAAGUUAUGCUCUGGGGCCAGAGCAGUGCUCGGCUUGGCGUCUCACUCACAGUGAGAGCGAGGGCUGAGCAGGAAAUGCCUGUUGGAAGCCAGGAACCGGAGUGAUUCAUGAGAACAGGAAUGUUGGGAGAGGACGGGUUCAGAGUUCUGCAAAGUCCAAGAGGCCAGUCAUGAGCCCUGAUUUACUAUCAGCGCAAAUUGCAAAAAGAGUAAGGAAACAAUGAAACCAAUUACUUCCUCUUUGGACUGAGGCAAUGUGUUCACCCACCCAUUAAGAGUUUGAUGUCCUUUCCCUCUUUCUUGCUUUUUUUCAAGGUACGAUUCCUUAUUGUUGCUUAUUUCUCUCCUCAAAGUGGGCAGAUAAACAUAACUUUUAUAUUUCCAUAGCUGCCAUCUUACUUGUAACUUUCCAAUCUUUUGACACGUUUAGCCCUGUCAAUGUAAAAUCGUCGGUGGGAGUAAUAUGUGCGUGAGAUUCUGUGCCACAAUGCUGCCACAUAAAGGAAUACUUGUUUAUUAUAUGUGACUCACCAUAAUGUCUUUAAAAGUAAAGCAUUCUGGACAUGUCUGCCUGUGUCCUGUUCAUCUCUUCCUUUGUCCAGUAGCAGUAAGAGCUCCUUCACUUUGUAGCUGUUUAAAUGGAUCACCAUCUCGCUUUGUUACCGUCUUUUUAAAAAUAAAUGUUUCCAUCAUGUGA